GUUUUGCAACAAUCAGGUGGAAUCCGCAACAUGGACGAUGUCAUCGCAUGCGACGAUUGCCAUGUCUUCCAGAACAAGAAAGAAGAGUUUCGAGAAAGUCAAUGGGAUAACCCUCGCCCAGUGUGCAACUCAUGCUCGACGAAGAGGGCAUGGGCAAUGUUUGCGACAGACAUUGCUGCGUGCCCAAACGCUAGAGUUAUCCACAACCGCCAACACGUCACGUCUCGAAACCCGUCCACCGGACCACCAGAGUCUGGCCACCCGUUACAGACUCCUUCGUUGAAGAAUGCUAAGCCUGAGGCAUGGGAGCACGUGGCGGCUGAAAGGAUCAAACGACAGCUGGAUGAUGCGACUCCACGCGGCACGAAUCUAGAUGCAAUAGCAGCCUCCGACGUUCCCGCAAUUCAACGAAACAAGUGGUGCGUGGGCUGCAGCAAGGGUGUGCCGUCUGCCCAACGCUGCAGUCAGUGCAAACGCGUGCUCUUCUGCAGCACGGCCUGCCAAAAGUCUGCAUGGGCCAAGCAUAAGCCACGAUGCCACGCAAUCCCAGUUGAGACGUCCGUAGCGGCUACAUGGAAUCCUGUUUUGGCGGCAACUCGAUCGUCCAACCCUGACGAAUCCUACCGUGCGUUUACUCAGGUGCAAGCAUGGAUGGCCGAGGACCCCACGGCGGCCGCCGCGACGUUUCGCGGGCUGGAUGGAGUGUCGCUGUUCCUACACCACUUGGAAACAGUCGACCUCGAGUCAACUUGGCAAAGCCUUUUGCUCCUGACUCGUUUCAUCGAAUCGUCUGCGGGUAUCGCAGCGGAUGUUAUCCAUUUGGGGGGCGUUGCCACGUUGCUGGCGCUCACGACCGACUCCAUCGACUUUCGCAUUCAGGCUUCCGCGGUCGUCGCGGUUGGAACACUCAUCGCAUCUUCGACGGACGAUGCGAUUGCACUUACCGCUCACCUCAUCGACGAUUUGGACGCGGUCUCUGCCUUCCUCACAGUUCUGCUGUACGCAAGCACCCUUGAGGACGACGUCGAGCUCGUCGCAUGCGUCCAGUCCACCGCGCUUCUCUUGCAACUGUUGGAGCACCACCCAGACGCGCUGUCCCAACUCGCGUCGUUUCGAGCGGCGGACACUGGCGACGACAUCGGAUCGCUGCUGACUCGUCUCGUUGGAAAAAUCGACACGAUCUACCGCCUCAAUAGGUCUACAGGAGUCCAAGUAGGGCAUCACUUGUACUUGAACGUGCUCGGGCUGGUCGGGGCGGUCGUGCACGCACAUCCGGAAUGCAAACCGCAAUUCGUCAAGGCAAAAUUGGUCGCAGUUGUGUGCAACAUCAUCCAACAGCACUGCCAGAUCCUCCCGCUAGCGCCCAUCACGGUCUUCGAAGCGGUCGUGGCCUGUGUUGUCUGGUUUGUCUGCACGUUUAUCUACGACUGGCGUGUACACCUCACGGCAACGGAAUCCAUGGAAGUCCUGGACCGCCUUGUGCCGCUGCUAACUCCGUUUUUGUCCGAUCCGGAAGCGUGCGAAGACUUUACAAAUUGUCACCGCGGUAUCGCCUUGGCAUCGUCCGUCUUUCGAUGUGUCCUUGCGUCGAAUGUCGCCCUAGCUCCACGCAUGCGACUCUCAGCAUUGGAUUUGUUUGUCUGUGCAAUCCUGCCGCCAUUUGACGUCCCCGACACCGACCGACACUGCCGCAUUCAUGCAAAUGUAGACGUGGUGCUUACGACGCUGAAUACCGCUCUGAAGGUGGCCCUGACCGCCCAGGACUCGGUUCUGUCGCCAGAAGACGAUGUGGGUUUGUCUGGCAUGCUUUUGGCCGAAGCCGUCAAGUGCUCCGGUCUCGUAGCCCACUUCGGGCAAGCUAUGCCACCUGUACAAGGCACGAACAUUCCCAAAGCACUCGUUCAAGUGUUGGGUCACGAACACGUCCACUCGGAAACGAAAUGGACGGCGAUGGCUGCGUUGAUUCAAUGGGACAUGAAUGGAAAUUCGGUGGCCAGUGGGCUCGGCGACGUGACGGCUGUGGAGAGCGUGGUCAGCACCCUCUCGACCGCGGCACAGGCGAAUCAACUCGACUUAAUACAACUUAUGCGCGACCUGCUCGAACGGCACAAGAGUCCAGUGUUGUAAAUAACGUUGCUUUGGUUCUACUUCGA